UAUCGUGCCUCCGCCUUUUCGGCGCGCGUUUGACACUCGACCCUCGUCCUGAAACGAGAGAAACCGGGUGGGAGGAAGGGACGCGGCUGUUGCUAACCUGGCCUGUUACCUCUGGCUACUAUCGUGAUCGGCAGCCAGCCCCUAGAGGAGUUGCAAAGCCAACGCUUGCUGGUGAGCGAGGAGCUCCAUCUUUGAAAUAAACCCACAGGUGGGGGCGUAAUGAGAGUGGAGGGGUGAGGAGGCGGGUGUCCCAGUAGAACAUUGGCAGACGAGUGGGAGGCCGGGCCAGGAUGCUGGAGGCAGACGCAGACCCAGCAGGUGCAGCAGCGGAGGGAGAAGGGGAAGCAGAGAUGGGGAGCAGAGACUUGAACGCGGAGGUGAUGCGGCUGACUCUGGAGCUCCAAGAGGCCACAGAGGAAAAGCUACAGGCAGCCCGCUACGGCCUGGUGGUGCUGGAGGAAAGUGCUGCCCUCAAGGUGAAACACAGGCAGCUGGAAGAGGAGCACGAAGCCCUCAAAGCGGAGCUGCAGCAGCUCAGAGAGGCAUUUGCAGAUUCUGUGAGCAGCCAAAAGCGUGCAGCUGCUGAUGGAGAGUGCCGGGAGGAGAGCCUGCUGCAGGAGACUGCCACUAAAGAGGCUGCCAUGGCAACCCGCAUAGAUGAAGUUCAGGCAGAGCUCAAGCAGUCACGCCUUGCCCUGAGCAAUGCUCACGCAGAGAUCGAGAGGCUGGGGGUGCUCUCCGCCCAGCUCAAGAAGGAGUGUGAAUGUCUGGAGGCAGAGAAGGGCCAUCUGAGGGAUGAAAUGAAGGAAUAUAAAGUACGUGAGCUGCGCCAGUUGCAGGACAAUGGUGAGCUAGAAGAAGAGAACAUAUCCCUGCAAAAACAGGUGUCUGUACUCAAGGAAAACCAGGUUGAGUUUGAAUCGAUAAAGCUGGAGCUGACCCACAAGAACGAGGAGCAGGAGGAGCUGCGAGGACAGCUGGAGGAGGCGGCGAGGCUGAGGGAGAUUGCAGAGAGGCAGCUGGAUGAGGCCUUGGAAGCCCUGAAGGAGGAGAGGGAGCAGAAGAACAGUUUGCGGAGGGAGCUCUCCGCCCUGACCCUUAACCCCUUCGAUUCAGUGGGGAACCUGGAGCUCCACUUAGAUCAGCUUGAUGAUAGCCAGGAGGAGGGCCAGGGCCGAGAGGGCGAAGGAGAGGAAGAGAACCAGGACAGCGGUUUUAACAAUGGUUCUGGAUCUGCUUCCAGUUCUGCUCACCCUCCUCACUUGGGAGGCUCCAAAAGCAAUGGCCUCAUCCAUCGCUACUCUACUCCACGCAACAGCGACGUGUUCCUUCGCGCUCCCGCCUCUGGGCUGGUGUCAGAUCUGUUGAGUGAGCUCCACUUCUCAGACAGUCAGAAACUGAAACAACAACUCCUUCAGGCAGAACGAGAGAAGUCAAGCCUGUCUAGCAAGGUGGAGGAGCUGCAAAUGCAGCUGGUAAUGUCUAAACAGGCACUCAGUCAACAAGAAGACAAGGUUGGCUCUCUCACCCAGCAGCUGGAAGCUGUACAGAGCACUAAGCACCACGACCAAGACGCUGAUGACAGGAGAGACGACGAGCCAGAAAAUGGAGACGGUGGCAUUGUUGCCUUUGACUAUGAGGUAGACACCAAGAGCAAGGAGGUUCUGGAGGCUCGCAUGCGUUCGGCCAGCGAAGAGCUUCUGAAGCUGCGAGACGAACUGUCUCAGGCAGGAACUCGAUAUAAUACCCUGGAACAGAGAUACAAGCAGGAGAAGGACCGCUGGAGGGCAGAGGCCCAGGAGCUUGCUGACAAGAUCCGUCAGUGCAUCAAGUCCAGCAAGCAAGAUCAGGAGCGCAUCUUUGAUCUGGAGAAGGAGAUUGGAGCCACGCGGAAAGUGGCAAAUGAUUCCGAGGGCCACUUGAGCGUCGCCCAGGAAGAGCUGCUGGCCUUCUCCGAGGAGCUGUCCAACCUCUACCAUCACAUUUGCGUGUGCAACAACCUAACACCCAAACGAGUCACCCUGGACUACUACCGGGACGGCGCCAGGUCGAGCGGCGGGGGAGGCAGCGCACGGAGAUCACAUCACAUCCACCCUCAGCCCAACACCCAGAAGAAGCCUCGACCCAACGACAUGUUCAUAUCCAAAGCCGCGGCGUUGCAGUUUAUGGGUGAGGUGGACAGUGCCGGACCCAGUGGAGACUCUCCUAGCUGCCCUGGAUCCCCAACCCUGGAUUUCAGGGACCCCUCCAAUGUUCGCAACUUGGUAGCAGUCAUCCGUUGCCAGAUCAAACACCUCCGUGUGGCAGUGGACCUCUGCCGUCAGAGGGGUGCUAUGCCUUACUCGGGGCUCAGCAGCAGCGUGGAGUCAGAGCGAGAUGCUGAAAGCCUCAUGGAGGAAGUUCUGAAGCUGAAGUCUCUUCUCAGCACCAAGAGAGAACAGAUUGCCACCCUCAGGACCGUCCUCAAGGCGAACAAACAGACUGCAGAGUUGGCCUUGUCCAAUCUGAAAACCAAGUAUGAGACAGAGAAGAGCAUGGUGUCAGAGACGAUGAUGAAACUGCGGAAUGAACUCAAGGCCCUGAAGGAGGACGCUGCCACCUUCUCUUCACUUCGAGUCAUGUUUGCCAGUCGGUGCGACCAGUACGUCACCCAGCUGGACGAGAUGCAGCGGCAGCUCGCAGCUGCGGAGGACGAGAAGAAGACACUGAAUUCUCUGCUGCGUAUGGCCAUCCAGCAGAAACUGGCUCUCACUCAGCGUUUGGAGGACCUGGAGGCCCCCCUGUCUCCCCACAGCUUGAACAGCAGCCCCCGCCGCUCCCGGGCCAAAGAGCUCGCCAACAAGUCGGGCCGGGCCCCUCGGAGCCCCCGGAGCAGUCCUGCCCGCCCCCCGCUGAGGAGCAGCCCGCGGGCUAGCCCGGUUCUCGGGAGCAGCGUUCCCGCUAUGGCUACUCACCACCUGCGAGCUCUAACCCGAAGCCUCCACACGAGCCCUCGCUGAAACGCUCCUUCCAUUACUCCAACACCCCUCUUCUCCAUAAAGGACCUGUCUUCAUGUUGACUCCCUGGCUCCCACCUCCUUUCCUGACUUGAGACAUCCUGUCCAUCCCAGAUGUGACGCUACAUUCCUCACUCUACCCACCAGACCCAUGGAUUUAAAAAAAAAAAAAAAAAAAAAAAAAAUCUCUCUCAUCCCACCUUCUUGUUCUUCUCUGCUCUGAGUGGAGAAGCUUGCAUGCAGCCCGGAGGAGGAUGAAGAGACACAUGUGCUGCUCAUAUCUCUGUAUCUUGUCCAAAGUGGUUCUGACUUCCUCCUGGUCUUGUUUAAGACUUGUCGUGUGUUGUGGCGAACCAUUGACAGUAUUUAUUCCCUAAUGAGAGGCUUCUUCUCAUUUGCGGUAUUUACUUUCCUCAGACUUAGAUUCAAGGCUCUGAUCUGUUUUCUCUGAAGGCUUUAUGUCUUAAAACUCUUGCCUUUAGUCUGGCAUUCUGGUCAGGCCUGUCUGGCGUCUUUUAGUGUUGAUAAGCCAUUAGGUUGUCCAUGGCAGUACCCCUAGGUAGUUGUUUUUGUAGAACAAUGCAGCCUUACCUACAUAAUUGCUACCUUAAAAGUAGAGCUUGCUAUUGUCUUGAUAUUCCCUUCUUUUGCUGGUGGUGCAGUGACCCCCCCCCUCCUCCCCUCACCCUUUUUUUUUAAUCCCGUGACACUGCUGGUUCUUUGACUUGAACUCAUCAGCCACGCCCUUUAACUAGAGGAUACUAAACACGUCAUUUCAAAAGGAAAACGAGCAGCCAUAAGGUCACCACCUCAGGUCAAACACAGAGUGUUCACAUACAUGAUUUGGGAAAUCGUUAAUGUGCAUCUUACUUUGCAAACUAUGCAGACCAAGUCAGAACAGUGCCUGUAAUACUCUCUGCUGUUCUUUAGGCUCAAGAUGAGCUGUGAAACCACUUUCAGUUAGUAGUCGUGGGCUGCAGCUAUUUCACAACAGCCAUGUGGCAUCUCUUAUAAAUAAGCAGAUUUCUGAAGUCUUUGGGGAGUUUAAGUAUCACAUUGACUAAUCAUGUCGGCAUCAUCUUGUUGGCGGCGGGUGUUAAAACACAGCAUCUCAAAUCACUCAAGAUUUCAAGUGGCUCGUUCCUCCCUAUGACGGAAACCAACAUGUUUCAUGUUCAUUUGUCUUGAUUACAGUGAUAGCUGUCCCCAUUCAGCAUAUGCUUUUCCUCGCACCUUCAGGGGCAGGAACAACAUUCAUAACUCUACUCUCUGUUUUAUAAUUCAGUGUCAUCCUGCUUUUUGCUGCCCCUGAGAUAAGCUUACAGUAUAGUAAAGAAGUAGUAUCUCUCACAGCAAGCGAGUUCACCUGUGGCUAUAGCGUCCACUGUUCUCAGUUUUGAAUGCUAAUUGCGCUAGCAGGUCUUGUUAGGGAAGCUGCUUGUAGAAAGUGAACGUAAUAAUCAUGCUCCAUGAUGUAAAAAAGAAAAAAGAAGCAUCACUCUGUACUUUACAUCUUGUAGCACAUUAUGGCUUAAUUCCAAGAAUCUGUAAAUUUAGAAAGACGUAUUUCAAGAUCUACUGAAACUCAAAUGGGACCUUGCUUUGCUUCACAGCUAUAAAACACCUGAUGUGCAAAGUAAAUACAAAUCAUGUAAAAGUUGCAUAUAUCUUUCUAUUAAUACUACCUCCAUGGAUUUCCUAAAGAGUAGUUUAAUACCAUGGUAGUGAUUAGAGGAGGCCACUGCAUGCAUUAACCUGACCCAUCUCAUUGAGAGCGGUUCGGAUUGAAUUGACCUGAUACGACCAGUGAAAGUCCAUUAGCCCACUUUUGGAAGCAGCUGUUGCAGAGAAUUGUCCUGUUGUAGAACAAUUUACUAGAAGGAGCCACGUCCUGCUGGUUGAUUUCUUUUAUUUAUUUUUUUUGUGCCUUGGUUUUGGUCUUGUCUGUUGUUUUUAGAUUACACGACACUUUCUAAACAGAGGCUACCGUUCAACACUGUAGUGGUGAUCUUUUUAAUGUAUGAUUUUAAAUCCUUUUGGAGAAAUUGAUCAAGCAGUGUUAGCUGUGAAUAAUGUGAUCUCUAAUUUUGUUAAAAUAUUUUCACUUUUUAGCUAGCCUUUUAAGACUUCAUUAACUAAUGUAUAAUUUAAACGUUUGCCAGCCCUGAAAUUGAUUUCACCUUCUAUAUUUCAAAGAAAACUAUCAUGAUCAGUUACUGUAUAAAGAAUAUAAAGAACUCUAUGACACAGCAGUAGUUUUUGGUCAGGGGAGCUUGCCCAUGUUCACGGACUCCAGCUAAAAAGUGAAAAUGCUUUAACAUAAUGUCAUAUUAAAAUGAAGGUUGUAAAUGGAUUUCUCAAUCUAUUUGAUUCUCGUUGUGCAGAUGUCUGUAUAAUUUAAUUACCACUGUUGUAUAAUAUUUUAACUAUUUAUGUGGUCUGCUUUCUGUGUAAAUUGUUCUUGGAGACGACACGCACGCACUCCACAUAACACACGUGGUGGUCCUCAACUUUUUAUGUGUAUGCAAGUUGACACCUCAUUGACCUGUGACCCACUUUUGUCAUGAAGAAUAAAAACAAGCCAACACUGUAUUCUGA